AUGCAGUUGGGCUUUGCGAUUUGGGAACCGCCCCAUGGGCGUUAUAAUAUGUUGAGAUAUCCAUGGGGUCAAUUUGUGAAAGUUGGCGGUGCAUUAAGGCAUUGUGCUUUUAUGGUUAUGGCAAUGCAUGGUUGCAUACUUUCGGAAAUACAGGCAGCAGCUGAACUGAGGAUGAUGUUCAGAAACGAGAUUCAGAGGGUGGGGAGUGAAGGUGCCAAAGUACUGAGGGAGCUGGGAAACAAGUUGGAGAAGCUAGAAAAAUUAAGCCUAAAUUUUGACCUACUUGAGAAGGUGCAUGAGGCCGCAGAGGAGUUGCAAAUGUUGAUAGAUGAAAAAUCAUACCAUCUUGUGAGCGCAGCUGCUAGACAAAGACACAAAGAAUUGGAAGAUCCUGAUCAAGAGGAGACCGAGGAAGAGACCUCCACCGAAGCCCAACAAGCCCCUUAUUUGAAACAUUCUCAUACCUUCAAAAACAUCGACCGCCAUAUCACAAAUAUGUCCAUGAAUCUACCCUCUUUUGCAAAUUGGGGUUCCUGUGAUGAAGAGGCACUUAAACAGCAGUUGCAGUGGCCUUCACGCCUCUCGGUUCUUGGGGAUGCCGUUCUUAAUGAACGUGAGGUAAGGACUUACGAGAGUGCAAGUGCUUUGUCUUUGGCCAAUUUCACAUCUUCCUUGAUUGAGUUUGUUGCAAGGCUUCAGAAUCUCCUAAACUCUUUUCAAGAGCUUAGCGAUAAGGCAAGAUUCUCAGAUCAAAAAAGCCCUCUUGAUCAAAAGGAGGAAGGGGAGGAUUUGGGCUUCUGGACACGAUUCGGCAAUUAUAUGGGCUUCAACACUUGA